CGCAUUCAGUGUAGGGAGAAGCAGGGACACACUAUGAGGGGGAACUUUGUUACUAUGAAACUUAGGAAUAUUUGCAAAAUAUUGUAAAAAUUAUCAAAAUCCCUCGUGAAUCAAUAACCUGCCCCUAGGGUCUGAGGUUGUUAGUUUAGUUUGCCCGAAAAGGGCUUCUACACUCACUAUUCUUACACUUUUUUGAAAGAAUGUGUGAGACAGAGUUAGCCAGCUAGCUAGCUAGCUGAGAGGUGAUACAGGCGGCAGGAGAACAAAAGAUCUUUUUGCGUUUUGGCCGGUUGUACUGACAUCAAGUCCAUGCAGAACGUGUCAUUACCAUCACAAUGCCCGUUUUACUUUUUCUGAUAGACACGUCCGCUUCAAUGAACCAGCGCACCCAUCUGGGCACUACCUAUCUGGACAUAGCAAAAGGCGCUGUUGAGACUUUUAUGAAGCUCAGAGGGAGAGAUCCGGCGAGCCGAGGGGACCGGUAUAUGUUGGUAAAUUUUGAAGACGUUCCGUUCGGGAUAAAGGCUGGAUGGAAAGAGAGCCAUGCCAUAUUCAUGACAGAGCUGAGGAACCUCCAAGCAGCUGGACUCACAUCUAUUGGCCAGUCCUUGAGGACCGCUUUUGAUUUACUCAAUCUCAAUAGAUUAGUGACUGGGAUAGACAACUAUGGACAGGGAAGGAAUCCUUUUUUCCUCGAACCCGCCAUUAUAAUCACGAUCACUGACGGCAACAAGUUGACCAGCACCGGUGGAGUCCAAGACGAGCUCCAUCUCCCUCUGACCACCCCGCUGCCAGGUAGCGAGCUGACCAAGGAGCCCUUCCGCUGGGACCAGCGUCUAUUCGCUCUAGUGCUGCGCAUCCCUGGUAAUGCUUCGGUGGAGCCCGAACCCCUCGGUGGCGUCCCGCCUGACGAUUCUCCAAUCACCCCAAUGUGUGAGGUCACUGGAGGACGUUCCUACAGCGUGUUCUCUCAGCGAAUGUUGAAUCAGUGUCUGGAGUCUCUGGUGCAGAAAAUCCAGAGUGGAGUGGUGAUCAACUUCGAGAAGACUGGGCCUGACCCUCCUCCUUUAGAGGAUGCUCCAGUCGAGGUGGUGAAGUCCGGUCCACAGGCUUGGCAUUGUUGUCACAAGCUGAUUUACGUAAGACCCAACCCCAAAACCGGUGUCCCCAUCGGUCACUGGCCCAUCCCUGAGGCCUUCUGGCCGGACCAGAACUCCCCCACGCUGCCCCCCCGCUCAGCCCACCCCCACAUUCGUUUCUCCUGUCUGGACGCGGAACCCAUGGUGAUAGACAAGGUGCCCUUUGACAAGUAUGAGCUGGAGCCUUCGCCUCUCACCCAGUACAUUUUGGAGAGGAAGUCCCCGCACACCUGCUGGCAGGUGUUUGUGUGUAACAGUGCCAAGUACAGUGACCUGGGCCAACCCUUUGGCUACUUAAAGGCCAGCACAGCUCUCAACUGUGUCAACCUGUUUGUGAUGCCCUACAAUUACCCCGUGCUUCUGCCACUUCUGGACGACUUGAUCAAAGUGCACAAGUUCAAGCCUACCAUCAAAUGGCGGCAGUCCUUUGAGAACUACCUGAAGACCAUGCCUCCAUAUUAUAUCGGGUCCCUGAGGAAGGCUCUGAGAAUCAUGGGAGCACCAAACCUGCUAGCUGACAACAUGGAGUAUGGCCUGAGCUACAGCGUGGUCUCCUACCUGAAGAAGCUCAGCCAACAGUCAAAAAUUGAGUACGACCGCCUGAUUGCCUUGAUUGGUAAGAAACAGCCACCCGAGGCCGGCAUCAAGGUGCGUUGGCGAGGUGGAGGUAUUUCUCUGGCCCAGCGCAGAGACUUCAUUCAGCAGCUGCAGAGUCUCUCUGGGGAGGCUCCGACUCUGCCCUUGGAGCUCAACCCUAAAGAGUUCCAGGGCUUCCAGCUGGCACUGCUCAACAAGGGCCUGAAGCCGCAGAGCUUUAGGAAUCCCUACGACAUCCCCCGCAGCCACCUGUUGGACCAGCUCAGCCGAAUGAGGAGGAACCUGCUCAACACCAGCGUCUGUACUCUCAGAGGGCAGGACUCCGACCAGCUCCACAGCGUGCCAAUAGCCCAGAUGGGCAACUACCAAGACUUCCUCAAAGCUGCUCCUCAGCCUCUUCGAGACGCAGACCCUGAACAGCCCAAACGUCUCCACACAUUCGGCAACCCCUUCAAACUAGACAAGAAGGGCAUGAUGAUUGACGAGGCAGAUGAGUUUGUGACCAGCCCUCAGAACAAGGGUAAGAGACCAGGAGACAGCAGCAACAUGACGGGCGGAGGGCCCAAGAGACGUCGCUGCAUGUCGCCUCUGCUGCGUCUGGGCAGAGCCUACACCCCUCCAGUAACACCGCCUGCUAGCCCUCGGCCAACAGACAUGGACACGAAUGACGGAGCAGCAGAACCGGACCUGAUCAUCAACCACCUGAAUCAGAACCACUACGGCUCAGACGAGAGCUCAGACUCUGAGCUGGAUCAACCCUCAGAGCCCGGCGACCACCAGGAGAACCACACGGCCGCGGAACCAGAGGACCUCCGGCACGGGGACGAGGAGGAGGAGGAGGACGAAGAGGAGAACGGGCAACCCCGGGCAGGCGAGCUGCCGCCUGGCAGUGAGGGAGGAGUGGAGAUGGUGCUGGUGGAGGACCAGCCGCCUCGCUACCUGACACCUGCAGCUCUGAAGAAGCACAUCCACAUCGAGACCACCAAGGUCAACAACGAGCUGAGGACGCUCAUCACCAGGGAGAUCAGAAAACCAGGCCGACACUACGAGAAGAUCUUCCUCCUCCUGAAGCAGAUCCAGGGCACUCUGGACACCCGACUCAUCUUCCUCCAAAACAUCAUCAAAGAGGCGGCCAGGUUCAAGAAGCGCGUUCUCAUCGAGCAGCUGGAAAACUUCCUUGAGGAGAUCCACAACAGAUCCAAUAACAUGAACCACGUGGACACGCUCUGAGACCGGCUCAUUCCUAAACUUAACUUAAUGAAAAUGAACCUGACAAUGCCCCACGUCCUUCUAAACCCCCGCACCCUCCACCCCCACCCCCACCUAUACUGGGCCCCUGCGGAGACGAGACAAAGCAUCUAGCUCUCAAACUAUCACCUCUUCAGUGGACUCUCAACAUUAUUGAUGGUCGCGUUGGUUUGCACACAACUAAAGUCAGUGUUGACCCUGGAUGAUGCAAGUUUUCAGAUAUCCAAAAGGGGGAGUGAGGAAGCAUUUUAUUGCUACAGGUGAAGUGUUUGUCUACCCAAUGAAAAUUUUGGCCUGUAGAACAUUUGAGCAUGGCUGUUUUCUGAUCUGGGAACCCGUCCUGAGGCGUCCCCCUCGCUUAUUCUCCUCCUCCAAUUUAGAUUUUCUUCUUUUUUAAAAGACAAAGUGAAAAAAAUCUCUCAAACUACGAGGUGGAUAAAACGAGGGAGUGCAGGACUUUUCUGGAGAGCAACAGAUAGCAGCUUGCGCCUGAAUGUUAUGUUCAGUCGUGUUUUAUUUGUGGUGAUGAUGAUGAUGUAAUGGAGCGACAGUGUAGAAGAGUUCAGGUUGUGUGUUGGUAACUCAGGGUCAAACAGGAUCCAGUGGAGAUGCUUAUGAAACUCUUCUUCCCUUACGUUCAUUUACUUUUCCCUUCUUGUUAGGUCUUCUACUGUUUGUUUUGUGGGAUGAUGAGUUGUUCUGUUUGACUGUUGGAAUUACCUUACACUCCACUAACUGAAGCACUCUAAUGCUGAGUAUGACUUGGCUCAAGUAAUGAAUUUGUCAACUUGUGGUUUACCUACCAGACUGACGAUUAAUAUUAUUGAGUAGUAACUUCAGAAUGAAUAGUUUUGACAAAACUGAUCCACAGUUUUCAUUACGUCUGGAAACGUUAAACUUAAAAAAUUCUGUGUCUUUUGCAAUACAGGUUUUCUGAGAGAUCAACACAAAGUUAAAAUCAUUUUGAAUGAUGCAACAUCAUUGGUUACAGAUGUUGAAAUACAGGGACAAAAAGCUCAGGAACUAACACGCAUCAUAAUCAGCAAUAACAUUGGAGCUACUUUUACCCCCCAUUUUAUCUUAAUUUUAGCCUGAAACAGCUGAUAUGCAACACAAACUGUUGUCCCCUGGAGUGUUGAUGAACCAAGGUCUCGGAUGCCAGCUUGUCCCAACAUGCUGGUCGCUGCCAAAUAAUUUAACCUGUCCCCAAAACUCCUCCCCACCAUGAAUCUCAAACCAACUUCUUGUCACUUAACCGUGAAUGCACUUGUGUAAAUUUGAGAAUGUUUAUUUAAUGUAAUUUAAAAGAAAAACUUACCUUUUUGUUGCGAAAGUUUUUUUCCAACAAUGCUUUUUUUGUCAGGCCUCUUCAAUUUUCUCAAAUAUACACAAAUAAUCUGAAGUAAGGUCUGGAGGUCAAGAGUUGAUUUCUGAUUCAGGGGGCAGCCCUCUUCUGUUCCCUCCCUCCUUGGACAGGGACCAAAAUCUGCCAUACUUGUCUUUGUUUGUGAAGAGGCCGCUACCAAAAGAGUAUUUUGAAUACACUGUAAAGUUGUAAAUAACCCUAGAGUACUAUUUAAAGAGAAUGUUCAGUGGAAAAUGGCCUUUUUGUAAGUAUUUCCAUGAAUAAAGUUUCUAUUUUACACUGUGAAGGGCCAUGUAAAUAAAGUGUUCUGUAAA